CGCUUCUGCUGAGAUAGUGUACAUUAGGUAGAAACACGAAUGAAAAGGUGAUUUUGUCUGUGAAGAAGUUUUUGGAAGGAAUGUGGCAUGCUAAAUGUAGGGACUAUUCGUGUAGAGGAAAUCGCUCUCUCUCUCUCUCUCUCUCUCUCUCAUUUCAGUUGCCGAUCCAAAGGCGAACUGUAACAUCAAGAUCAAGGCUAUCACGAUCCACUAUAAAACAUUCUCUAAUUCCCAUAACACAACAUUAUCUCAUUCCUGUUUAAAGGAUACUUCACACACUACAGUAUCACAUGCUCUACCUUCUUAUCCUUUCCCAUGUCACACACAUGGCACACUUUCAAGGAGUGUGAAGGAGCUUCAGUUCCGCGCCAUGUGUCGAGAGAGCGGAACCAAGAGCUGGUCUGCUAAAAACUUGUGUUGUGUUUGUGUGGUGACCUGUGAGGGACGGGACGGGGCCGACACCGCUAUGACUUCCACUGCAGGGGAUGGUGUUGAGGAAGAUGUACAGCCUGGGCCCAGUGGUUGCAGCAGUCCUGCAGCCACCUUGCAACAGGAGCCUGAUCCAUAUGAUGAGCAGUGUGCUUUCAAGGCAACAGGGACCAAGAGGAUGCUCAGUACUGUGGAUCCUCACUAUGCACACCCCCCUGACAGCAAGCGCAUGAGGGAGAUGCACCAGCGAGCCCAGGAUGAGUUAAGCCAACGGGUCAUCAAGGUGGUGGAGAAGGAACUCCACAAAGCUAUUUUGGAAAAGGAGACUGAGCUGGAGGAAAUUGACACUCGCAUCCUGAGAGUGCAGCAGUGUCUGCACACCAUUCGUUACUGUGCAUCCCUCAGCUACUACAACAUUGGCAAGAAUGAGACGCAAGAAAGCAAAUCUAGAGAUAGAAAGUUGUCCGGUCUGCAUCCAACAAUUCGAAGACAUUUGAAUGAGGCACAAGAACCUCCCCAGAAAACUGCAGAAUGCUUGACAACAAAGCAUGUCUCCCAGCACAACACUUUAGAUCCCACCACAGAGAAAAAAGGGAAGGAACCUUGUAAGGAGUCUCAAAGCAGCAGCCAACCAGUAGAUCAUACUAAAGCAACAACAACCUAUAAAGCUAACACUGAAAGCUCAUCAGAAUUGAAUACACCUCCACUGCUCUUCUCUCAAUGCAGUGAUGAGACCUCAGAAAUGUCACAAACUUAUACUGCUAAAGAGGCAAACAGCUCCAGACCUCCCAGCCCAAAACAUCUCCUUCCACUUCCACCGGACAACACUGCAACCAUAGCUCAGGGCCGCCAGCAGCAACUCCAGAAGAAAAGAAGACUGAUUGUUGGCAAUACCUAUCAGUACCUUGCUCCUGUCCCUGGCGAAGAGCUGGUAGACUCCUUCAGGUACAAAUGGCAGUUGUAUGUGAGAGCACCUCCAAGUGACCCUGAUACAUCCACCUUCCUCCAGUCUGUUACUUUUAUCCUUGACCACAGCUAUGCCCCACAUCACAUUAUAACCAUCAAACAGCCUCCCUUUGUCUUGAGCCGGCGUGGUUGGGGAGAGUUCAAAGUGCAGCUGACACUUCGCUUUAUGGACCAACGCAACAAGCCAAUUUGUCUCCUCCAUCCACUAGUGCUGUCACGACCAGACGAUGCAUUGGGUCUCACUGGUCUCUGGAGGUUAGGGCAAGAGAACUGGUAUGAUCUGUGGGUGUACCUACCUAACCCAGAAACAAACUCAGAAACAGAUGGAUGUGCUUCAGUUAUGAAUGAAGAGUCUGGUCCAUCAACAUUAACUCAAGAACUGAACACAGGCGUGAUUUCUUCCCAGAUAGAAAAUAAUAUAACUGUGGACCAUGAACCUGCAUUAAGAACAGGUGUAACUACACAAUACUUGAAUGAAGAGGACUGUGCAAAGAUUGAUAAUAUUUUAUAUGAGGUGAGUGGUGGUGUUGGUGAUUUAAGUAAUAGUCCACCCUCUGUGAAGAAACUAGUGCCUACAUCUUCCCAUAAUGAAGCUGCUAAUGAACUGAAAGCUAGAAAGAAAGAGAGUGAAGAAAGUGGCAAGAAAAAAGGCAUUGUCAAUGGUAAAACAUGUAAAGUGCUUGUACAACAAAGUGAUGGCAGUUUCAAAUCGUAUGCUCUUCCCUCACAUUUGUAUCCACAGGCUAUGCAGAUUGCUCUUGAUCAUAGCAAGCAGAACAACACCAGUUCCAACAUCAUAGGUAUUAACAAACUGAUGGAACAAGCAAAGUCAUCACAGAGUACUUUGUAUCAGGGUGCAGACUAUGUGGAUAAGAGAAACAAAGAUCAACUCAAACCUAUUACUUUGAAAUUACCCACCCACCAGAGUACCACUCCCAUUCUCUCCAGUAAUAAGGUUAGUGCAGCAGGUGUAGUUGUUGGUACCACACCUGUAGGAGCCAUUCAUCUUGCUGAAGCUGGAAGUAACCAGGGCAAAUUGACAGUGCUACCAGCUGCCACUGACACAGCCACAACCACAUGCCCUGAACAUGUGUUGCUACAGAUGAAAAAAGAGGAAAAGCUUGCUGUAGUGCAAAAGCAGUUAGGUGGGAAACCUCCAAAGCAAACCUCCAUAUCACCGAGCUUCCGUCUCUUUCAAGUACAAACGCUUAGCUUGCAAACUCCUACUCAUGAAUCACCAACUACUGUUAAGCAUAUGAGUGAGAUUCCAGUCAUGUUGACACCAGAGAAACUUAAAACCAUGGGUCUGCAUUUGCUUACAAAAAGAAAGGAGCAGGGUGUAACCAGUACUUUACCUGUAACCACCACCACUACUUCUACUACUACUGCCUCUGCCACCUCCACCUCACCUGGUGUAUUGAUUCAGGGAGGACGAGUGGUGGUGGGGACUAACACUUUCCAGCUAUUAACUAAUCAAGGUAAAAUGGCUGUUCAGAAACUUCCUGUACUCAAUAUGCACAACAGUAAGGUAUCACAUAUACCAGUACAGCCAUUGACAUUCAAAAACAAAGCUGAUAUGUUAGUGAUAAAAAGCUCUGGUGGACAAGUUAAAGACAUUCCUGCCAUAAUCAAGACUGGAGGCAAUGAGACCAAGCUCUUAAAAGUGAAAGAUUCCUCAAGUCUUCUGAGUGCUGUCAGUGAGGUUUGUUUAAAGACUGACCCUACUAGUCAGAAGAAUCCAACUGGUGCUAAUAACAGUGAAAAACAAGAGGAUGAGGAGCAAGCAUCUACUUACUGGGAGGACUACUUGAACUGUGUGUGUAAGGCUUGCAAGUCCAACACCUCUUCAGAAGCAUGUGUGUCACUGUGGCUAAAGAUGCUGCCACUAGUUCAUCCAAGCCAAACACCACCUUCACCUUUCUCCUUCUGUCAAGCCAAAUCAUGCAAGCAGUUUCUGAGAUGGCCCCUUGCCAAACAGAGAGCUUGUGAGUUUCAGAGAGCAAGAGAGGUGGUGUGGUGGCUAGAGGAGUGUUGUGUAGCAGGGUGGGAAAGAUGGACAGUGCCUCGGGUUGUGUCCUGGGCAAGGAGUCAUGCCCACACCCCUGUGGCAUGUAGACCAGUCCUUCGCACAGACAAAUUACAAGUGCCAGCAUCUAGCCCUGGUUCUGGAAAGUCAUUGUCUUAUAUGGGAGACUUGGAGCUGGAGCAACAAAGGCACCAAAGCAAUAUACCUUGCACUUCUGAAUCUCCUGAGGUGGAUGUGGUGGGUCUUGAUGAGGAAGAAGAGUCAUCAGGAGGCUCCAAAAGAAUACCAGGAUCUCCACUCAAGAGGCAAUUAGAAUACCUUCAGUGGGAGGAUGGUGAGAUGGGUAGUGCCUGUGAGUGGGUGGGUCAGGUCAGCUCACAGCUUCGGAUCUCAUUGUAUUCUGAGGAGGUGGCUGAAGGCUGUAUGGCAGAUGCUGCACGUGGUACUCUUUGGAAGGCUAGUCUGAGCUUGAUGGAAGAUCUCCUGCGAGCAGCACACUCUCAAGCAUGGAGUGAGGCCAGUCAUGUCCCACCUGCCAACAUCCUUGUCAGUCACGUUCAGGCAGCACUCACUAACAGUCGGCCAGAGUUUGAUCUAUUGACUGAGCAUGGGCUGGGAACUCCCAGUGAAAAACUGUGAGGCUCUCCUAGCAAACUGUAGACUAAGGUGUACUGGUAAACAAGUUGGUGGUGUAUGUAGUUGAUUAUUAUUAUUAUUAUUAUUAUUAUUAUUAUUAUUAUUAUUAUUGUUGUUGUUGUUGUUGUUGUUGUUGUUGUUGUUGUUGUUGCUGCUGCUGCUGUCAUUAUUAUUAUUAUUAUUAUUAUUAUUAUUAUUAUUAUUAUUAUUAUUAUUAUUAUUAUUGCAGUCUGAUAAUCUCAUCAUCAUUGUGGUCAGUAUUUAUCAUGAUAACGCUAUCAGAUUAUCAGUUAUUUGAUAAUUAUUUUUCCUGUGCUAGCGAUUUAUCAGUUAGAAGGUUUACUCAACAUUUUUUAAUAUUUAAAAAUUCGCUCUUGAAUAUUACUAUUUUACAUUUUUAAAGGAGGUUACUUAAAGUAUUGUGAUGAAAAUUGUGUACUGUAUGAGCUAUUGUUAUUUUUUUACUGUAUGAUGUAGCAAGAACAGUAAUAGUAGUAGUGGUGGAGGUAGUGGUAGAUGUUUGCUUGUGACAAGUGGUAUAGCCAUAGCAGACUACAGUCCUGCCAAUUUUCAUUAUGAAAAGUUUAAAAUUCUAAAGAAUAAUAAUUGAUAAAAAGAACAGCAAAGACAGCCGCUCUCCACUAUACCUGUUACCAGGAAAACGUACUGUGAUAUUUCGUAUAACAAGCAAUCAUACUAUUUGUCAUAAAAAGAUUUCUCAGGGA